ACACACACACAUCACCACCAUCACCACCACACCACACAGAGAGAAAGGCCAACAGACUGAGAGACAGACACAGAGAGAGAAAAAAGAAAAAGACAGAAAUAGAGUCAGAGCAGAGAAAUAGGCUAACUCACUGAGUCAGAAGAACAGAAAGAGAGAGAGAGAGACAGGAAGAAGGACAGGGAAAUAGAAAUAAACAGAAAAUUGGGCUCCAAAGAGAUACAGGGAGAAAGACAGACUGAAAGAGAGAACAGAAAGAAGAGAGAGAAGCCAGGGCACAGUGUGCCAGCUGGCGGAAUGGAGGGUUGCCUGGCAUGGGAGAUGUAGUGGCCAAAGCCUGGGCAGAGCUGGGUGGGCAGAGGGGAGCUGGUGCCUCCGCAGGGGUGAGGGGGCAUGGGAGGGGCAGGCAUUUUGCUGCUGCUGCUGCUGCUGGCUGAGGUGGGGGCCUGGGCAGCCUGGAGACCCCCAAAGGGAAAAUGUCCUCUGAGCUGCUCCUGCUCCAAAGACAGUGCUCUGUGUGAAGGCUCCCCGGACCUGCCCGAGAGCUUCUCCCCGACCCUGCUGUCACUCUCACUCGUCAGGAUUGGAGUUACCCAGCUGAAGGCCGGCAGCUUCCAGAGGGUGCCAUCCCUGCACCUGCUCCUCUUCACAUUCAACUCCUUCUCCGUGAUUGAGGAUGAUGCAUUUGCGGGCCUGUCCCACCUGCAAUAUCUCUUCAUCGAGGACAAUGAAAUUGGCUCCAUCUCUAAGAAUGCUCUCAGAGGACUUCGCUCACUCACACAUCUGAGCCUGGCCAAUAACCAUCUGGAGGCCCUCCCCAGAUUCCUGUUCCGAGGCCUGGAGACCCUGACUCAUGUGGACCUCCGUGGGAACCCGUUCCAGUGUGACUGCCGUGUCCUCUGGCUGCUGCAGUGGAUCCCCAGCGUGAACGCCAGCGUGGGGACCGGGGCCUGCGCCGGCCCCACCGCCCUGGCCCACAUGCAGCUCCGCCUUCUCAACCCCAAGACGUUCAAGUGCAGAACCAUAGAGCUGUCCCGGUUCCAGACGGUUGGGGAGUCGGCGCUGGGCGUGGAACCUUUCUCCUACCAGGGGGAGCCCCACAUGGUCCUGGCACAGCCCUUUGCUGGCCGCUGCCUGAUUCUUUCCUGGGACUAUGGCCUGCAGCGCUUCCGGCUUGAGGAAGAGCUGUCUGCUCCCUCGGUGGUGUCCUGCAAGCCCCUGGUGCUGGGCCUGCGCCUCUUCGUGCUGGCUGCCCGCCUGUGGGCCCUGGCCCCAAAGCGUCUGCUGAGGCCCAAUGACGCUGAGCUCCUGUGGCUGGAUGGGCAGCCCUGCUUCGUGGUGGCCGAUGCCUCCAAGGCAGGCAGCACCACCCUGCUGUGCCGCGACGGGCCUGGCUUUUACCCACGCCAGAGCCUCCACGCCUGGCACCGGGACACGGAUGCUGAGGCCUUUGAGCUGGACGGCCGGCCUCAUCUGCUGUUGGCCUCAGCCUCACAGCGGCCCGUGCUCUUCCACUGGUUUGGGGGCCGCUUCGAGAGGCGCACGGACAUCCCCGAGGCUGAGGACGUCUACGCCACACGCCACUUCCAGGCCAGUGGGGAUGUGUUCCUGUGCCUGACACGCUACAUCGGGGACUCCCUGGUCAUGCGCUGGGAUGGCUCCAUGUUCCGCCUGCUGCAGCAACUUCCUUCACGUGGUGCCCACGUCUUCCAGCCACUGCUCAUAGCCAGGGACCAGCUGGCUAUCCUGGGCAGUGACUUCGCCUUCAGCCAGGUCUUCCGCCUUGAGCCUGACAAGGGGCUCCUGGAACCAUUGCAGGAGCUGGGGCCCCCAGCCUUGGUGGCCCCCCGGGCCUUUGCCCACAUCGCCAUGGCUGGCAGACACUUCCUCUUUGCUGCUUGCUUCAAGGGCCCCACACAGAUCUACCAGCUUCACGAGUUAGACCUCAGUGCCUGACACUGGAUGGGAUCCUGGACAUGGCUGGUGAGGGGGCUGGCAUGGGGAGUUUUAGGCCUCUGGACACCUCCUUGACUGACCGCUUGGCCCCACUUGGGGUUAUGGCUGGUCCUGUGAGAUACUGGCCAAGUCAAGGCAAGAACUGCCCUCCAAUCUUAAGCAACAUCUUGGCUGGGGGCAAAUGCUGGGCGCUCAGACUGGGGCACGGAACUGGAAUCCAGAAGUCAUGGUGGAGUAAUGUGCAGAGCUCUAUGAGGCCUGGAAGCACCCGCCUCCCCUCAACCCACCCCUCCUACUCCAGCUCCCUGUGCAAGUACCCAGGAGGAGACGGCUUUCCUCUCCCCACUAAACUCAAUCUGGCCAAUCGCUUUUAGUGCACGCCUCCAUGACGUUACCAGUUGCUGGGCAGGUUUUCCUGCCAGGCUUGCUAACUUCCUCUGUUGCUUGUGCGCAUGCCUGCUGCCAAGGCGGAAGCCCAGCACGUCCUUGCUGUGCGAGGGAAAUGGGAGGGAGAGCGAGAGUUUUUGUGGGGAGCCCAGGGUACUCCUUUCCAGUGAGUGACCGAGGUGAAGGCGAAGGUGUGUGAGCUCAAUAAAUGUGCUGUGAGCCCGCCCCA